UUCCUUUCUCACUUCUCUCUCCCCCAAUUCUCUCACUACAAAUACAAAUCUUUGUCAUCAAUAUUCUUUUUAUAACAAUAAUAAUAAUAAUAAUAAUAAUAUACAUAUGGCAACAUUUUUCUUUAUUUCUUUUGGGUGUGUGAAUGAAUGAAUUCUCUGCGUGAAGCAACAAAAGUCUUCUGUUUCACACCUCAAUUCCCUCAACCCCAUAUGGUGUUUUAAAGAAUCUUGUUCUGGGGUUUUCCACAUCCCACCUCAUAAAGGUCUCUUCUUUUUCACAAAGUUCAUAUAUAAUUAUAUAUAUUACAUUAUCUAUCCUUUUUUUUCUUUGUCCAAUUUCUUUUUAUCCUUAUUCUCAGCUGGGUUUUCCUUCUUUUCAUAAUCUUUGCUCACAGAAAGAAAGCAAGUAGUGAAAUAGUUCAAAUUAUUUGAAAUUUUAUUUUUUAAAUGAUUUAUGAUAUGAAGUUAGUAUUUUUGAUAUGGGUUCUUAGUGUUUUGUCUUGAAGAUUAAUUUUCUUGGAUUUUUAGAGCUGGGUUUUUGAAAAAGAUUUGAUCUUUUAGUAUUCUUUUGUUAAAGAAAGAUAUGGAAGAAGUUGAAGCUGCUAAUAGAGCUGCUGUUGAAAGUUGCCAUAAAAUUUUGAAUCUUUUAGCUCAACCUCAAGAUCAAACUCAGUACAAAAACUUGAAAGCACAAACAGGGGAUGCAGUAGUUAGAUUCAAGAAAGUUGUAUCUUUACUUGAUAAUACUAAUGGUUUAGGUCGUGCUAGGGUUAAAAUGGUCAAGAAAAAUUCAAACCCAAUUCUAAAAGAUAUGCUUUUAGACACUGCUAGGUGUGGGACUGAUAAUGGACCGGUUAUCCGUAGUCAACAGACACCAAAACCACUUCAAUUUCUUUUGGAAUCACACCCAGUUCAAGAAAUAGGUUCAAAUGUUGUUAAGAAUACACUUUCUUUAGGAAACUUGAACCAAAACCAUUCACUUGAAUUGAGCUCAAAUGGGAGGUCGUCUAUUCAAACUUCCCAAAAUACCCUUAACCCAUCUUCAAAUUACCAUUUUCUCCAACAACAACAACAGCAUCAACAGAAGCUUAAACAGCAGGCUGAGAUGAUGUAUAGGCGUAGUAGUAAUAGUGGAAUUAGUUUGAAUUUUGAUAGCUCAACUUGCACACCUACAAUGUCAUCAAAUAGGUCUUUUAUGUCUUCAUUGAGUAUUGAAGGAAGUGUAGCUAAUAUUGAUGGGGGAUCUUUUCGGUUAAUCGGGUCGUCUCGUUCCACUGAUCAAGCUUCUUUUCAACAUAAAAGGCGGUGUUCGGUUAGGGGGGAUGACGGGAGUGUGAAAUGUGGGAGUUCUGGUAGAUGCCAUUGCUCGAAAAAGAGAAAACAUAGAAUUAAGAGGUCAAUCAAAGUACCUGCAAUCAGUAACAAGCUUGCAGAUAUACCACCAGAUGAGUAUUCUUGGAGGAAAUAUGGUCAGAAGCCUAUUAAGGGUUCUCCACAUCCCAGGGGUUAUUACAAGUGUAGCAGCAUGAGAGGUUGCCCAGCAAGAAAACAUGUCGAAAGGUGCUUGGAAGAUUCGACAAUGCUCAUAGUCACAUAUGAAGGCGAACACAACCAUCCCAGGAUACCUACUCAAACUACAAAUGCUUGAAAAAUCUUGAUAGAAUGUAGUCCCGUGGUACUUGUUGUUUGUGUCUUUUAUAUUUCUUUGAGUUGCUCCUGUAUAUAUUUCUAACGGGUUUUCGGGGGUAUAUGGAGCUACAUUUCGGGUUUUAGGUGAUAUUUUCGUGUCUUUUAGGAUUAUAAUGAAUGGUCAUUUUUGUGUCUUUGCUUCUUUUGGGUUUGACUAGAUUAGUGUAGGUCCUAUAUUAGGGUAAAGUUGGGUAUGUGAUUGGCUUAAACAAAGUCACCAUUGUAGAAUUGCUGGAUUAAUAUGAAAGAUCAAGGACCUUGGUAAUGCAA